AUGGUCCACAAUUCUCCAGUCACCACCGCACACAAUCCAAUGUGCGGACAACAACGAGGUUGGUUCCACGAGGAAGAACCAAUGUCUGUCACUGUGCGGUCGGGUGCGGACAAUGCGCAUGUGGUGUCGCGGCGCAUCACCUUGCACCGUAUAGCUCAAAUAGAUAUUGUGGAGGAAUUUCGGUUAGUUGAACUGAAAUUGUUCGUUUGUGAAUCCAUUGCGUUAUGA